UAAUAAGUACGUCAUCAGAGUUUCCCUGACCUAUGUUGUGUUUUUAUUUACAUGCACACAAUGCUAUAUAAACUGUAAUGUAUUACUUUUGAGUUCAUUAUGCCGAACUUAAAAACGACACUGCUGGAUGUUUGCAGACGAUGUUUUACAGACAACCACUGUUGGAGAAGAGGACUAUGCACGAGACAAUCCAUCUAUCUGUUCAGAAGAAACUUUUCUCAUCCAACGAUUAUUUCACAGUGUUCUCAAGCACAGAAGAGGAAACUUUUUGAUUCAGAAUUGAAUAGUAUAGCUCCGUUCAUAAGAUGUGCUGGAGCGAGAGGUCUGUUUGGAGGCACCCAUGGCAGUGCUCCUCAACAAACCCUGGAGGAUAUUGCAGAAAAUAUCAAAGACCGCAGGUUCAGAAACAUUGUGGUGAUGGCGGGUGCAGGCAUCAGCACACCCAGUGGAAUCCCAGACUUCAGAUCUCCUGGCAGUGGUCUUUAUGACAACCUUCAACGGUACAAUCUCCCCUAUGCUGAGGCCAUAUUUGAAAUAAAUUACUUUCAUCACAAUCCCAACCCUUUUUUCGCCCUUGCCAAAGAGCUGUAUCCUGGAAAUUACAAACCAAACCUGACACACUACUUCAUUCGUCUGCUUUACGAUAAGGGCCAGCUGCUUAGGAUGUACACCCAAAACAUUGAUGGACUGGAGAGACUGGCAGGCAUUCCAUCCAAAAUGUUGGUGGAGGCACAUGGGACUUUUGCAACAGCCACCUGCACCGUCUGCCGCAGAGAUUACAAUGCCGAAGAGCUUCGGAAUGAUAUAAUGGAAGGAACCAUACCCAAAUGCUCCAGCUGCACAGGAGUCAUCAAACCUGACAUCGUGUUUUUCGGAGAGGAACUUCCACAGCAGUUCUUUACUUAUCUCAUAGACUUCCCAAGGGCAGAUUUACUCAUUAUCAUGGGAACAUCUCUAGAGGUGGAGCCCUUUGCCAGCCUGGCAGGUGCGGUGCCCAGUUCUGUGUCACGCCUUCUGAUAAAUCGAGAUCUUGUUGGGCCGUUUGCCUGGGGUUCCCCACGUCACAAUGACGUAGCUGAGGUGGGUGAUGUUGUUAGUGGGGUUAAAAAGCUGGUGGAGAUCCUUGGUUGGACGCAGGAUUUAGAAGCCCUAAUGAACAUGGACACAGAGAAGGAUGCGAUGAAAAGAGAGGAAUGAGCAGAAAUGGGAUCUUUCUUAAAUCUGCUGUCCUGUUGGAUGGCCCCUAAAUUAAGUUGUCUCAAUAGUGCGCAUGCAUUAGUGGGAGGAGUGAGUUGUGAGUGUUGACAAAGUAUUGGGUUGAAAAUGGGUAUCAAGAACAAUGUAAACCACUGCAUACUAGUAGAUAAAUGGUUAAUCACCAGCACCUAUAUAUUUUUUAAAUAUUUUAAUAAUACAGUAAUGUAGCUGACCAGAGUAAAAAUCAUGCCAGUUUUAGUUUUAAAGACUUUGAAUCUUGGAUUGUCAUGUGAAUGUAUAUACUUAUUGUAUUUGCUUUUCAUUUUUUUUGUUAAGGUUUUGGGUAAAAAAUACACUUAAUACAACUUUAAAUAAAACACAUGCAAGAUAAUUUGAUUCCUGCUGAAUUUUUAAGCUGUUCAUUAAGUUUUUUAUUUCCAAAUGUUUGCAGUUUACUGCUAUGCCAUUAAAUUAACAGCCCAUCUGUUGUAUGCAAAUGACUUAAUGAUCUGAAAUGCACUGCUUUAAAUCUGCAUUAAAGGCUUUUUAAAGUAUA